AUGGGUGUAGUGUCUGACCAAUAUGACCCACAUAUCCCAAAAGGUAACGCCCCAAACGGUGAACCAGGUGCAGCUAAAACUCAAAUGAUUCAACAGAAAAUCGACGAGACAGUAGGCAUCAUGCGAGACAAUAUUAAUCGUGUCGCGGACCGAGGAGAAAGAUUGGAUGUGUUGCAGGAUAAGACUGAAAAUCUCUCCCAGUCUGCUCAAGGCUUCCGACGUGGUGCAAAUAAAGUACGCAAACAGAUGUGGUGGAAGGAUAUGAAAAUGAAAAUUAUCCUUACACUUGUUGCGCUCGUUGUGUUGACUGCAAUUAUUGGUGAGUAUUUGUCUGAUAUCCAAGAGAUGACUUUUUUCGGAUUUUGA